AUGACGGAAGGGGUCCAACGUGCUCUUGAAAAUGAUAAACAAAAGGUUGACCUUCAUUUAGAGGACCGGAUCAGUCAGUUGCCAGAUGACGUUCUUGUUCUCAUACUCUCUUUUUUGACCUUCAAGGAAGCAACAGUUACUAGUGUCCUAUCAAGUCGAUGGACGUAUCUGUGGACACAUUACGCUCGUCUUGUCUUUGAUUACCAAGAAUUAUAUGAUGACAAAGAACCAUACAUAUAUGGGCGCGAAAAUUACGAGACAAAAAGGGUGAGAUAUGUCAAUUGGGUGAAUCGUGUUGUGCAAUUGUAUAGGGGUUCAAGUAUUGAAGAAUUCUGUGUUCGUUUUGAUUUAGGUGAAGGUUCGGAAUGUGAUGUUAAUAAGUGGCUCAAGUUUGCAUUAGCAAAGAGAAUUCAGAGGCUUGAGUUGGACCUGAUUGGUUUUUUACACAAUGAAAAGAGGCCUUACAUUUUUUCAUACCAACUGCUAGCUCAGAGUAAAUGCACCACUUCAAAUUUCUGUGGCAUGCGUCCCUGUACAUUUGUUGGAUUUAAUACGCUGAAAGCAAUUUUUUUGAAGAAUGUAAAUGUGGGUGGAGGAGAAGUUCUGGAGUAUUUCUUGUCCAACUGUCCAGUUCUCGAACAGAUGGGUGUUCAUUAUUGCGAGGAUCUGUUUAAUUUAAAAGUUGUUGGCCCAUCACUUGUGUUGAAGCAGCUGGAGAUAUGCUACUGUUGGGAAAUAAAAUCCAUUGAAAUCCGCAAUGUAAACCUAGUUUCUUUAAAAGUUUUGGGAGAGGACAUCAGCUUCCUUCUUGAGAAUGUCCCUAUGCUUGUUGAUUUAAAUAUUGAUGGGCGGAUUUCAAAAGCCCUCACUGAUAUUGACGGGUGGAUUUCAAGAUCCUUGACGGAUGUUUUUGCACAGUUUGCUUGCUGCCUUUCUCAGUUGGAGAUUCUUACGUUAGAUACGCAUCUUUAUUGUAUUUUUGAGGAAAACGCAGAGUUUGAUGUGUCUUCUAAGUUAACUAAUCUCAGAAAGUUGGUAUUGGUUGGUGUUGAAAUCGUUCAUAGAUUCGCUUCACUGAUUAAGGCGGCUCCUUACUUGAAGAAACUCGUGUUGCAGAUUGGGUGGUCCACACAUGAUUAUCACAGAAAUUUAUUUAGAACUGAAAAAUGUGUCCAUCAAUGCCUGGAGGAGGUGGAGUUCUUUGGAUAUUAUGGCAGUGCAGGAGAUCGUGAACUCGUCGAGUGCUUGUUCGAGAACGCGAUCGCCCUCAAGAGGAUUGUGAUUGAUGCUCGGAAUCCAUUACUUCCAGAAGGCCCAUGUCCCGAGAGUGAAUUGGAGACAGAAAAAGCUGCAAGAAAUCGGGCCGAGCAGCUUAAAAAAAUAGUACCUGCAGGAGUUGAACUCGUGAUUGUUGAUCACAUGCUUGAGAAUUGGGAGUUUGAGUAA